AUGGAUCUGCAUCUUAUAGGUUUUCUCUUGUGGUUUUUUGUUGUACAAGUGACUACAAGCAGUGCUCAUAGGAACAUAACAACAACAAUACCAGCACUAAUAGUUUUUGGAGACUCAAUCAUGGAUACAGGAAAUAAUAAUGACAUCCCCACUCUUCUUAAGUCCAAUUUUCCUCCCUAUGGUCGAGAUUUUCCUGGUGCUAUUCCUACCGGUAGAUUUUCAGACGGGAAAGUUCCAUCGGACAUCAUUGCGGAAUCGUUAGGAAUAGCAAAAACACUACCACCAUAUUUAGGCUCGAAUCUAAAGCCACAUGAUCUUCUAAAAGGUGUAAUCUUUGCUUCUGGAGGUUCCGGUUAUGAUCCAUUAACAUCUACAUUACUGUCUGUAGUAUCAAUGUCAGACCAACUAAAGUAUUUUCAAGAAUACCUAGCAAAAAUUAAGCAACACUUUGGAGAAGAAAAAGUUAAGUUCAUAUUGGAGAAAAGUGUGUUUCUUGUGGUCUCUAGCAGUAAUGAUCUCGCUGAGACUUAUUGGGUUCGAUCGGUCGAAUAUGAUCGUAACUCAUAUGCUGAAUAUCUGGUUGAGUUGGCUUCAGAGUUCAUCAAAGAAUUAUCUGAACUUGGAGCUAAAAACAUUGGACUGUUUAGCGGAGUACCAGUAGGGUGUUUACCCGCGCAAAGAACACUUUUUGGAGGCUUUGAAAGAAAAUGUUAUGAAAAGUUGAAUAACAUGGCACUUCAUUUCAAUUCAAAGCUAUCUUCUAGUUUGGAUACUCUAAAGAAAGAACUGCCCAGCAGACUAAUAUUUAUCGACGUUUACGAUACUCUUCUCGAUAUAAUUAAAAAUCCUACAAAUUACGGAUUUAAAGUGGCAGAUAAAGGAUGUUGUGGUACAGGAAAAAUUGAGUUGAUGGAAUUGUGCAAUAAAUUUACUCCUUUUACAUGUUCGGAUGCAUCGACUCAUGUGUUCUUCGACUCUUAUCAUCCGAGUGAAAAGGCAUAUCAGAUUAUCACUCAUAAAUUGUUAGCAAAAUACCGUAAAUACCUAAACACCUGA